CUGAGGCUGGAGUUCAGCCCGAGGUGAGCAUCUUCAUGUCGGGGAAUGGGCGCCGCGUGUGUUGUUUCACCACGGCCUUCUACCCGCGCUCCAUCGAGGUGAACCUGGUGCGGGACGGCCUGGUCCUGGAUGAGAGCCUCUCCCACGGGACGCUGCCCAACCACGACGGCACCUUCCAGCAGCGCCGCUGGGCCCACGUGGAGCCCGGGGACACGGCCCCGCUCUCCUGUCGUGUGGAGCACCCGGGGCUGUCCGAGCCCCUCGAGGUCUUCCUGGUCCGCAAGUCGGGCAUCAACGUGAUGACCAUUGUCCUGGUGUUCGCUGUCCUGGUGCUGCUGGUGGCCGUGAUCGUGGGGGGAGUCCUCUACUGGAAGAAGACACAAGCUCUGCCCCCGGGUCAACGUGACCUCCCGCCCGCCGCAUGUGUCUGCAUCAUCCUCCGGGCACCUCCACCCGUGGCCUGA